AUGUCUCAACCAGGGUCCUCAAACGCUUUAAUUCAGGACUUGUAUGACGAUACUGAAGACCUCCACAAACUUCUCGUACUUAAGUGCACGACGCAGUGUGUCGAGAAGGAUUAUCAUAAAUUCGCAACGUCGCAGCCGCAUCGAAAGCUACCGAACGACGAGUUUCGACCAUGGCGCAGGUAUUUGGACAAACUGAGCUACCUCUGCGACUUUGAACGAGCAGGCCACACGGUAGCUGGUGUUAUCGCGCACGCUGGUCGGAGAGGUAAAACCUUGACCUUCGCUACGAAUUGCUCUCAGGGUCGGAUUAGAGACAUGAUGUUGGACCACAUCAAAUUUGUUUUGCGUGAAUUGGAAGGAUCUCGCGAGACGAUCGAUGAGCUUGUCGAGAAGAUUGCCAUUGAAUCAAUCGAAUUGUCGAGGAGGAAAGCGGAGGACUAUGGCGACAAACUGAAAAGAGAACUGAAACGGAUCGAAAAGCAGAUUCCCAAGACUGCUAAUUCAAACGGUACCGCCCAUAUCUAUGCUUCAAGAAAGGCUUCGUCGCUAAUAGUAGUUGUAGAACGCAAAAUGCUGAACUCUGCUCUAAACUUAUUGCAAGGAGCGAGUAGUGACCCUCAGCGUCUCUGCUCUACUGCAGCAGAGAUUCUUUCGAGACCAGAAUAUGCGUACCUGAAGAAGGCGACCGGCUCUCGGUACAUCAACGUCAGGCAUUUCCUUGGUCGACUGCGCUCUUGGCAUGUGGCUUCUCGCUACGUUGUGAGGUACUCCAAGAAGUUCUCCAGGCAGAUUGGUGGUGCACGAGUUGAGCUCCUACCUCACGACAUGUUUCACAGAGGCCAGACAGUGACUCUCCCCUCGAACGCAGACGAUGUUUUGCUUUGGAUCCUGGGCAAGCAUAAGCAGCAUUUCCUGCCUUCGCUCAAGGGUAAACUGGACUUUGCGAGCGGAUUUCUGGAGAAGAACUGCAAUACCACUAGUGUCACAAUCAUCCACGCAGAAGCAGCCCUUGCCCAAUGGGCCUACAUGAAUGAGAUAGAUUUCAUCUUCGGGGAUAGAUACAUCGGAUGCAGCAAGCCAUCUUGCUAUGCUUGCGAUAUGUACCUUUCGAGACAUCCUGGCGAUUUCGUGCAAAGGCCUCGUCAUGGCAAUUCGUGGUUCAAGUGGUGUCCGCCGAGGCUCAUUGAAAAGCCUGACGACAGGACGACAUCUCGAAUACUGCGAGCCAUGGCGGUGGACAUUCAGGAAGAUUUGGAUGCGACUCUGGCUGGCAAAGACCUGGGGAAGCGACAGCCUUUCGAGUCUACUUCGGGAAUUGAGACGACGAUUCGACGCAUCCACGAGGCUAUGACGCUCCAAGGGGAUGUCUAA